AUGAGUCCAGAGGACGCUUUCCAGGAAAUACCCAUCAUGUAUGUUUUCCUUUUCCUCGCUUCCGCACCGAUGCCGCUAACAUCUUCCCGCAUUCACAGCGACCUGACAGAUCUCGGCAGCCCCGACCCUGGCGCACGCCAGGAGCUGGUAGAGAGGGUCAAAGACGCCUGCACACGUGUCGGGUUCUUCUACGUUAAGAAACAUGGUAUACCGCCCGCCGUAUUCGCCCGCACCAUCGCUGCCAUGCGGGCCUUUUUCGACCUCCCGCUGGAUGAAAAGCUCGAGAUAGAGAACAAGAAAUCGCCUAACUUCAAGGGCUAUAGCCCCGUCCUCUCGGGGAACAACGACCCGAACGGUGGGGGUGAUCUGCAGGAGGGAUUCGAGUUUGGGUACGAACUGCCAGAUGUCGUCGACGAUGGAGGGGCAUCAUCGCAAGCCUCGCGACCUCUACAACCCACGCCUCAGGACGUGAUGUCCGCACCGAAUGUCUGGCCCGCUUCCCUUCCCGAAUUUCGUCUUGCUGCAUUGGAGUACUACCACCAUGCAUUACAGCUCGGCCGCCAACUCUUUCCGCUCUUCGCAUUGGCUUUGAAUUUACCCGCAGAUUUUUUCGCUGAUAAGACAAAGCACUCUGCGGCGCUCAUGAGGCUGCUUCAUUACCCCCCUCAGAUCGGUGAGGUCGACGGCAGGGUCAUUGGCAUCGGCGCACAUACUGACUGGGAGUGUUUCACCAUCCUCUAUCAACAACCGGGCAUCCAAGCGCUCCAAGUCCUCAACUCGCGCAAGCAGUGGAUCGACGCGCCGCCGAUCGAGGGUACUCUCGUUAUCAACCUCGGAGAUGAGCUCGCCAGAUGGACCAACGACGUGUUCACCUCCACGGUCCACCGCGCCAUCAACCGCAGUGGCGUCGAGCGCUUCUCGAUCCCGCUGUUCUUCGGUACGGACUACGAUGUCCGGCUAGAGCCGAUCCCCAGCUGCGUCAGUCCAGAUCGCCCGGCAAAGUACGAAACGAUUACCGCGGGAGAGUACAUCCAAGGCCGAUUGAAGGCGACGUAUGGUCACUGA